ACUUCCGUUUUUGACUUUUUGAGGAUUUAAGGGAGGGAUAUUUUGGUGUUGACUUUCCAAAAAUACCCUUGAUGUGAUGUGUAAAAGUAAGAUGUGAUAUGUAGAUUAUUAGUAAAAAGGUAUAAUGUGAUAGGUAGGGUAUGAAAAAGUAAAGGGUAAAAGAGGUUUUUUAAGGGAAAAAAGAAGUUUAUUUGGGAACAAAGAAAAAACGAAAGAGAGAGUUUAUUUAGGGACGGAGGGAGUAUUUAUUUAUUUAUUGAUUUUUCUCUGCAGCCCUGUUGGUAUGGAGUGGGACUUUCCAGAUGCGAAUGACAUAAGAUGCUUCCUCGUUUGUUCCAUUCUAUGCGGUCCCUAAGCUAAUGAGGGAGACUACAAGCUCAGAAAUAAUUGUGACUCGUAAAUGUGCAAAGAAAUCAACUCCAGUAAAAGCUUCUCUUCACAGAUCUCUUCGCAGACUCAAGCUUGGGCCCUUAUCCAACUUUGUAUUCGACAAGAAACAAGCCCAAAGUAAAACUAUACCCAUUAGUAAAAAGGCCAUUUCAGAUGCAAUUGGGCUUUGUGAAAAAAAGGACAGUUUUGCAGCCAAGUAAGAAGCUUUUUAUUACAUCAUGAAAAGAUUCAUUUCCAGAUCUUCUUCUUCUUCUCCCAUUCGCCGUCGCCUCUUCUCAUUCAGGGGGGAGUAAUUUGGAAGACCUCUCACUUCACAUUUACUGUUUAAACUUUAUAAAUCUCAACAGUAAAAAAUGGUGCAAGAAAAGAGGAAAAGAGGCCGGAAACCUAAAAACGCGACAAUGGAACUCUCCGGCAACGGCGACACUUCCAUGGUCGCGACCGAGGAACCGUUGUCGACGGUGAUCCCCGAGAGCGAUAACAAUGACCCCCCUUCGCAACGCCGCGGCCGCGGCCGCCCGAAGAAAACAGGUAAACCGGAGGAAGACAUCGACCGAGGGAUCGCGGCUUCGCCGGAGAGACGGGGCCAUUGUGCGACGGACGUUAAUGGAGAAUUGCCGUUGUUGAAUGGGGAAUUGCGUCGCCCUGCGGAACUGCUGGCGGCUGCUGCAGCCAAGGCUGCCCCUUGGAUGGACGCGGUGGUGAAGGUCUUCUGCGUUCACACGGAGCCCAAUUUUUCGCUGCCUUGGCAGAGAAAGAGGCAGUACAGCUCUAACAGCACAGGUUUCAUCAUCGGAGGAAGGAGAGUGUUGACGAAUGCCCACUCCGUGGAGCAUCACACUCAAGUCAAGCUCAAGAAACGCGGCUCAGAUAGCAAAUACUUGGCCACUGUGCUAGCUAUUGGGACCGAGUGCGAUAUAGCUUUGUUAGCUGUGGAUGGUGAUGAGUUUUGGGAGGGAGUAACCCCAGUAGAAUUUGGAGAACUGCCUGCACUGCAAGAUGCUGUAACUGUUGUUGGCUAUCCUAUUGGAGGAGACACUAUAUCCGUGACUUGUGGUGUUGUCUCACGCAUGGAGAUACUUUCUUAUGUUCACGGAUCAACUGAGCUUCUUGGGCUUCAGAUAGAUGCUGCGAUUAACUCAGGAAAUUCUGGUGGACCUGCCUUUAAUAGUAAUGGAAAAUGUGUGGGCAUUGCAUUUCAAUCACUCAAACAUGAAGAUGCAGAGAACAUUGGCUAUGUCAUACCAACACCUGUGAUCAUGCAUUUUAUUCUUGAUUAUGAGAAGAAUGGAGCUUACACAGGGUUUCCAGUCUUAGGUAUUGAGUGGCAGAAAAUGGAGAACCCCGACCUACGAAUGUCAGUUGGUAUGGGACCUAAUCAGAAGGGUGUCCGUAUUCGAAGAGUGGAGCCUACAGCUUCAGAAUCGAAUUUCUUAAAUCCAUCCGAUGUUCUUCUUAGCUUUGAUGGGGUUGAUAUUGCCAAUGAUGGAACAGUUCCUUUCAGGCAUGGAGAGCGCAUUGGAUUUAGUUAUCUGAUAUCUCAAAAAUAUACGGGAGAUUCUACUAAAGUCAAAGUUCUCCGAAACUCCAAGACACUCACGUUUAACAUAAGAUUGGACACUUACAAAAGACUAAUUCCAGCACAUAUUAAGGGAAAACCUCCUUCAUAUUACAUAGUUGGUGGAUUUGUUUUCUCUGCUGUUUCGGUUCCAUAUCUACGCUCAGAGUAUGGAAAAGAUUACGAGUUUGAUGCUCCUGUUAAACUGCUGGACAAACUUGCCCAUGCAAUGGCACAAUCUAUUGAUGAGCAACUUGUUGUUGUGUCUCAGGUGCUUGUGGCUGACAUCAAUAUUGGAUAUGAGGACAUCGUAAAUACACAGGUCAUUGCAUUCAAUGGCAAGCCAGUGAAAAAUUUGAAGAGCUUAGCGAACAUGGUGGAGGCUUGUGAUGAAGAGUACUUAACAUUUCAUUUGGAUUAUGAUCAGGUUGUAGUCCUGAAGACAAGCACCGCCAAAGCUGCCACAUCAGACAUUCUUGCAAUGCAUUGCAUACCUUCGGCCAUGUCUGAUGAUCUGAAGACAUGAAGAGCAGUUCAAUAGGUAAACUCUGCUUAGUAGCGCUUAGUGCUUGAUGCCUAAAGGGGAAGAUAUUGUGUUUUUUUGCUAGAAAAUGGAUGCCUAAAGGGGAAGAUACUGUGUUUUUUGCUAGAGGAUGUAGUAAUAUGAACCGAGAGCCAAGGUAGCACAUCCGGCACCUUGUCCCUUCUUGCACCCAAUUUGAUUAACUACUUUAAUACAUAUCUUAGUUCCUA